AAAUGUCAAUUACACAGAGCGCAAUUUGAAGUUUAAACUUUGCAAUGGCUUCGUGGGUUAGAGGCAAGUGCAUCGGUAAGGGCGCGUUUGGCAUCGUAAACAUAGCGGUUUCUAAAAAAGACGGUCGCGUUUUCGCGGUGAAGUCCGUGGAUCGCAAAACGGGGCUCACGGUUCAGCUCGACGCGUUGGAGAACGAGAUUCGGAUACUUCAGCGCGUGUCUUCGCCUCACGUGGUGGCGUUUCUAGGCGCCGACGUCACGUGCGAGGAGGGCGCAACGUCGUCGUUCCGGAAUCUUCACUUGGAGUACAUGCCAGGUGGCACCGUCGCUGACCUGGACCAUGCUGACGUGGACGAACGAUUGGUUAGACGCUACGCUUGGUGUCUCGUGAGCGCCCUGCGACACGUUCACGCGCGCGGUUUCGUGCACUGCGACGUUAAAGGGAGGAACGUGCUCGUCGCCGGCGACCGCUCCGUUGCCAAGCUCGCUGACUUCGGCGCCGCGGUCGAUUUCUCCGGCGAGGCCUCUCCGCGCGGAAGCCCGAUGUGGAUGGCGCCGGAGGUAAUUCGCCGGGAGUAUCAGGGACCGGAAUCCGACGUGUGGUCGCUUGGAUGCACGGUGAUCGAGAUGGUUACCGGAAAACCGGCGUGGGAGGAUCGCGGCGUCGACACGCUGAGUCGAAUCGGCUACUCGAACGAGUUACCGGAGUUUCCGAGCGUGUUAUCGGAGGUAGGUCGUGAUUUUCUCGAGAAGUGUCUAAGAAGGGAACCGAAUAAACGGUGGAGCUGUGAUCAGCUGCUGCAGCAUCCAUUUUUACUUCCCUACAACUACUCUGUGGAAUCGUCGCCUCGGUGCGUUUUGGACUGGGUUGACUCGGAGUUCGCGGAGUCAGAUAACGAGUGUGAGCAAGAAGAAGAAAAGAUGAUACCGAAUUCGAAACUGAACAGUGAAGAAGAUUCGGUAAAUAACAGGAUAUGUAAAUUAGCGACGGGGUCAAGGGUAAAUUGGGAAACACAGGGUUGGGUAGUGGUGAGGGCAAUUGCGUCCCACGCGGAACCAACAACCGCAGGAGCGUGUGAUGGUGUAAAUUCGGACGACGGAGAAAGGGUAAAUGGCGAAUUUCGCGUUGUAGUGAGGGUAGAAGAGGCAAUGGAGGUAGGGACUAGUUUGGAAUAUUGGAAUUGGGGAAAAUAUGAAAUAAUUAGAAAUGACACGGUAAAUCGGGAAAUGUGGAAGUUUGGUGGGAGGGAGAGGUUGGUGUGGCGGCGUGAGUGUGAUGAGUGUAACCGCAACCGCAAGAGUUUCACAGCUGGAAGGGGUUGUCGGUAUAGUUUUGGGUGGGAAAAGUUGGGUAGGAUAAUAGGAAUAUUCAGCAUUUACAGCUUGUGUUGUAAAAUUUUUUAUGUCAUGUUUCUUAUUCUUAAUAUAUUAUGCUUUUCUAUUACUUAUGUUGUUUACCUUUUACUGCAUGUGAUUACUGAAAAGGGGCCUCUGUGUCAACGGCAAAAUAAUAUUAAGAAGAUAACAAUAAUAAUAAAGAAUUAA